CCGCGCCUGGGCCCGCGCGCCCUCGCCCCUCCGGCCGCGGCGCGCGGACAUGACCGCGUAGCCUCCUCCUGGGCCGGGAUUUGCUUGAAGCUUUUCUUCAUGGCAGCGAUGUCUCCUCAGCAGGAGACUCUGGGAGGACAGCCCGGGCGCUCCUUCUCCCUGACAGGAGUGUCUCGGAUCGCGGGAGACCCCGGCACCAAGAAGAAAAUGAAAGCAUUAGUAGAAAGGAGGAGAAGUGCUCCAUCUCUUCUCCUGGAUAAAGCCCUGCAAAAACAGCCUACAACCAGCAGGGAAAGUCCUUCUGCUAGCAUCGACACAUGUGCAUUUCUGUCAUCAUUUGUGUGCUCCGAUAGGACUCUGCUGAUUGAUGGCCGGGUAGAACUCCAAAGAGGCCUGCAGAGGCAGGAGCGGCAUCUUUUCCUAUUCAGUGAUCUGUUUGUUGUGGCCAAAAUCAAGUAUAAUAAUAACUUUAAGAUUAAACACAAAAUUAAAUUAACUGAUAUGUGGAUUGCAAGCUGUGUGGAUGAAGUGGGAGAAGGCAACACCAAUACUAUGAAAUCCUUUGUCUUGGGCUGGCCCACUCUGAACUUUGUGGCCACUUUCAGUUCUCCAGAACAAAAGGACAAAUGGCUCUCUCUCCUUCAAAGAUACAUCAAUCUAGAGAAAGAGAAGGACUACCCGAAGAGCAUUCCCCUCAAAAUCUUCGCCAAGGACAUUGGGAAUUGUGUCUAUUCUAAAACUAUAACAGUAAAGAAUUCAGAUACAGCGAAUGAAGUUAUCAACAUGUUAUUUUCAAUGCUAGGGAUAACUGGCUCUGAGAGAGAUUACCAGUUAUGGGUCAAUUCUGGCAAAGAAGACGCGCCAUACCCACUCAUUGGGCAUGAAUAUCCCUAUGGAAUUAAAAUGAGCCAUCUUCGAGACACUGCACUCUUGACACCAGGAUCAAAGGACUCAACCACCCCUUUCAACUUCCAAGAGCCCUUCCUCAUGGAAGAGCUGCCCCGAGAGAUGCAGUGCCAGUUCAUCCUGAAGCCCAGCCGCCUGGCUACAGCCCAGCAACUGAGUGAUUCAGGUCACAAGACAUUUAAAAGGAGAAGAUCCAUUAUAAACUGGGCCUUUUGGCGGGGUUCUACCACUCAGCUGGACAACUUACCCUUGUCACCGCCAACAUCUCCUCCUGUGGCAGGACAGCUCUUUGGAGUUUCUCUGACAAAUAUUUGUGAGAACGACAAUCUGCCCAGACCUAUCUUGGAUGUGCUUUUGUUUCUUAAUGAAAAAGGACCCCUCACAAAAGGCAUCUUCAGGCAACCAGCCAAUAUGAGAUCCUGCAGAGAACUAAAAGAGAAACUGAAUUCUGGAGUUGAAGUACAACUAGACUGUGAAACUGCCUUUGUGUUAGCAUGUGUCUUAAAGGAUUUUCUACGAAAUAUUCCAGGAAGUAUUUUUUCGUCAGAUCUCUAUGAUAACUGGGUCUGUGUAAUGGAUCAAGGAAAUGAUGAAGAGAAAAUAAAUGCAGUUCAAAGGCUAUUAGACCAGCUUCCAAGAGCCAAUGUUGUUCUCCUAAGGUAUCUUUUUGGAGUAUUACACAACAUUGAGCAACAUUCCUCAUCCAAUCAGAUGAAUGCAUUUAAUUUAGCGGUGUGUAUCGCUCCAAGUGUUCUUUGGCCUCCUACUUCCUGCAGCCCAGAACUAGAAAAUGAAUUUACAAAAAAGGUUACCCUGCUUUUACAAUUUCUGAUUGAAAAUUGCUGUAGGAUAUUUGGAGAAGAAAUCACUUCCCUCUUCGGAGAGGUUUCAGGGCGAUGUGACACUAGAGGAAAUGCCUCAGAUAUUUCUCGCUUCCAACUGAGCGACUCCUCGUAUGACAGCUUGGAAAAUGAACUAAAUGAGGACGUUGAUACCCCAGGCAGCAACAUGGUAAAGAAACUUGGCCAGGGGAGCAGAAGCAUGGACUCUAUUUUAACGUUCAGUGACUAUGACCUUGACCAACCUGAAGUGGAAGACCUUUUAACCCUGAACGACUUUGAUUUAGACCAUUCUAAAGAAGAACAUCCUCAAAUGGAACGCUCUCUUAAAUCCAAGCUGGUGAACGUUAGAAUGUGCACAAACAUCCUGCCACAGGAUCCUGCCGAGGCCCCGUCUGGCACACCCCGCCACCUGCCCACGGCUGCAGCCGAUGCUACAAAAAUCAUGAGGCGAAACCGGCGCUGCUCAGAGCCCAGCAUCCACUAUCUGGAUUCAAAGCUUUCCUAUCUCAGGGAGUUUUAUCAGAAAAAGCUACGCAAGUCCAGCUGUGAUGCAGUUCUCUGUCAAAAAGACGAGGACUGUCUGAAGCAGAAUCAACCCCUCCAGGAAGGGGUUAAAACAUGUUUUAAACAGAGUCUAUUCACAAGCACUGAUACCAGCAAGAAAAAUUCCACUAAUCAAAACAUUAAGAAGAAAAUCUUGCCUGGUGAUGAAGGAAAUUAUAUGAAACUCUGGAGUAAGUCCAGGCCAUUGGCCCUUUCUGUGUCCUCACAGGAUCAUUUCAAGAACCAGCUGUUUGAUGUGGAUACAUCUGGAUACUCCCCACCACACACAGCAGACGCCCUCAAGAGUUCAAGGAAACACCGGCGCUGCUCAGAGCCCAACAUAGAUGACCAGAAAGGCAAGUUGUCCCUUCUCUGGGGGAUUUGUUCAAAGCAGCAUAAAAGCAGCUGGGAAUCCGUUCUCUUGCAUGAAGAGGAUUAUCUCAAACGGCAUAAGUCUUUGCAAAUAGAGGGACAAAAGCUUAUUAGUCAGAGUUUGGUCUUGGGGAUUGAGGUAGGCAAGAGUAGUGCCACAAACCAAAGCACUGAGAAGAUUUUACCCCCAAGAUUAAACCUUUGCCCAAGGACUAGCUAUUCCAGCUUAUCCUCUCCAGGCACUUCCCCAUCAGGCACACCUGUGAGCUCCCAGGACAGUGCUUUUUCUCAGAUUUCUGAACACUCCCUGUUUACACCCACUGAAACUUCCUCUCCAAUAGAUUGCAGUUUUCAGGCUCAAAGAAAACAAGAAAAACUUUCUUCUGACUCUAGCAGUUCUAGCCUUUUUUCUGGAAUGCCUGGUCCCUCAUUAGUCCAGGCCAGCAGUUACCCAGCUUAUACAAAAAAGGACACCAAAGAAUGGCAUACACAAACACAUUCUGUAACUCUUCAUCCUACAACGUGGUUGAGAAAUGGUGUGGCCAGUUUGAAAAACUGGUCCCUCAAAAAGAAAACAAAGGCAGCCAGACCAGAGGAAAAGAAAAUAGGUUCUCUGAAAGGACCCUUGGAGCUACCUCCAAAUGCUUCUGGUGUUCUAGAAGACGUCUCACUGCAAGAGAAACAGAACGACGUUCCCUCAGGGGCAGCUGCGGGACUGGGAGCUGCGCAUUCAGCCCAGCGGUAUGGUUCUUCUCCCUGCCGGGACUCGGGCGGACACUGUAGCUCUCGAUUCAGCCUGGUGGAAAGCAGACUCAAGCUGUGUGUGCAGUCCCAUGGGGAAGUAGAGCAUGGUGGCCAGGGCUCCUCCCUGCCUUGUGAAAGAGCCUCAGCCAGCUCUCGGACUGUGGAGGCUGUGGCCAGCCCAGACUCAGGGCCUGCAGUGGUCUGUGAUGUUGGGGACAAACAUUUAGCCAAAGACAGUUAACCAUAAUAAGAAACUUAUGUCCAUAAGAACAGGAGCUGGGAUAAUAAUAACAACAUAAAGACAAUAACUAUUAUGACCCUUUGUAUAAGUAAGUUACCUGGGAGAGGUAGCAUAAGGAUAAUCAUUGCUAAUACUUAGGACAGCAAAAUAAUUCUCUUUAUUAAGAUUAUUUUGCAAAAACUUUAUGGUAAAAAAUUUUGUCACUUAAGUGUGGAGGCUUUCCCUUAUUAAAACACGGGGUUGGUCCUGCCAUGUGGUUUCAGAGAUGCUAGCAGAGGGUGAGAGAAAGCAUCUUCUGCAGAGGAAGCCUGUGUGAACAGUCUGUGAGAUUAGUGUCCUGAGAAGACCAGGAUGUCACAAAUGAGGAGUAAGGGACUGGGGAGAGGGGAAGUUGUACAGAGAAACCAUCUACAUUUUAAUAAGUAGGCAACAAAAAUGCUACUAAUCAAAGCAUUAAGAAAAACACAUAAAACUUUUCCCUAAAUCUAAGCCAGUGGCCAUUUCUGUGACAUCUGACAGCCACGUGUCCUCACAGAAUCGUUCCAGGAAGCAGCCCAUUCAUGCAGCCAGAGUGGAGAAAACAGUGAUUCAAGAACCCUGAGUAGCGUGAUGUCAGGUUCCUUUCUGGCUCCAUUUGUUAAUUUUUUUUUCCAUUAGUGAUGAACUUUACAGAGGCCUCAGUAAGAAGAGCUGUGAGGGAAAGGAAGUGGUUGUUCAUGAUAUCCUUGUCUUCUCAGGAUUCAUAGUGCUUUAACAAGGGAAAGCCUCCCAAACACUUAGGUAACGUAACUCUUUAGCAUUACAUUUUUGCCAAAUAGUCUGCCCUUUAAAAAGUGUCUGUUCUGGGAACAUUAUUCAGAAAUACAAGUUUUCCUAUUUAUUAAUUUUCGUGCUUAAAAGGUGACCUCCUGACACCAUUCACUAUCUUAGUGUUGAGGAAAAGACUGCAAUGACAACUGUCCUUUCUCAGUGACACAAAUACUGUUACCAGCAUGUGAUCAAGCAUGGUACUUCUGUGCUGAAAUGUUUCCCUACAGCCCUGCCUCUUAGAUUACAGUUGGGCAGAAAAAAUUAUUUAUAAAUCAUUCUUUUUCUGAUGUUUGUAGUUUGGCAUUUGACUGAGUGAUUUAGAGUUUGGCAGGUUAUAAAGAGUCACCAACUGGCUGACAGGCUUUCUGAGACAAUCAUUGUCUUUGGGUUUUCUUACUUCCAGGAGUUUUUUUCAUAUUUUUGUCCCAUGGUUCAUGGAUUAUACCCCAUUAGUUUAUUUCACAUCUGUGGACCUUUCUCCUGUCUCUUCACUUAAAGGCUACAACAAUACAUCUCCUCAGCUAGGACUAGAUUGUCAGGCCUUGCCAGCCAACAUGAAAGGAUGGCACUGAAUGGAAGUGUAUGUUCCUUCACAUUAACUACUUACCCAUAAGAAGUUGCUUAGAGCCCAUUUGAUCUCUUCAGUCUACCAUCAUCAAAUGGGCCUUUCUCCCACAAAAUAGGUUAUUCCAAAUCAUUUUUCUUGUCAAUCACCAGGAAACUGUCAUAUCAAAUGUUCUUUCCCUGUUGUCCUAAAGUUAUGGAGGAAAAAAUAUUUAAGAUUGAAGAAGUUAUUUCAGUAUUAGCUAUAUAGGUGCUACCUACCUCUUGGGGACAUAGCCCUGUUUGCCCUAAUUAUUAUAAUUAACUUUCAGAACUCUGUGUCCAAAGAGCUCCUUCAUGACACUGGCCAUCUCAGUUACAGAUGUGAAGUCAAUUUCACCUUAUAACUAACCACUCCCAUAUAUCAAGAUUUAUUAAGUAUCUAUAUGCAUCUUUUGUAGUAUAAUACAUAAAAUCAGCAGGGACUCCCCUUACCCUUAGGGCAUACUACUGUCAGAACUGCAAGAUGUGUAUCCUUCCUAGGGGACCAGGAAAAAAAAGAAAAGAAAGAAAAAAGAACUACAAGAUGUGAAUGAAACUCUUAGAGUUUGGAGUGUCUUUCUGGAAGAACUCGCUUCUCUAUUUACCAAAAUAAUAGUUGUAACAUUUUUUUUUUAAUAUUGGCAGGUAGAAAAUCAUCCACCCAAUUUGAAGCAUUGAAGAAAAUAAUUGCUGAGGUUUUUAAUUAACCAUUCCUACUCUCUAUGUUCCCUUAGAUACUCCUGUAAUACUUAAUGUGAAGUUUGUUAAUAUUGUUGUAAAGUAUUACAUAUUGUAUGAUUUGAAGACAGAUUAUGUGUCAUUUUAAUAUACUCCAAUCUAUAAUAUAUUAGACUGAUGCUUUAUCUAAAGGCUUUGAGUUUGUAUAAUAUAUCUUGACAAAUUUUACUACCAUAUGUUAUGUAAUAAAUGUGUAUUUUUGUACUUGCAGAAACUGCUGCUAACUUUUAAAGUUGUUUGGGUUUCAGGCACUGAUAAUGGAUAUUUAUGAAGUCCAUGCUGUCUGUUAAAUAAAAUGCCAUUCUGCAGAGGUAAUAAUCC